UUCGUGUAUCAACUUGCAUCUUUUUAAGCUUAUUACAUUUUGCUCAAACAAGCCACAAUGGCGACGGACGCUGCAGUGAGCAAAGACGGACUUUUCAUUCCCCUCAUCGAUUUCUCAAGAUUCCUGAAUGGCGAUUCGUCCACACGCUUGGAGACGGCCAAGGCCAUUCUCAAAGGCUUCCAGGACGCUGGCUUCAUCUAUCUCAAAAACCAUUCCAUUUCCCAAGACACGGUGAGACAUGCUUUUGCCACGUCAGCAAACUUCUUCGCGCAGCCUUUAGAGAAGAAAGCCGCGCUGGAGUGGACUACUCCACAGGCCAAUCGCGGUUAUGUGGCUCACGGGCGAGAAAAGGUCUGCCAGCUGGAUGACGCUGCGGAAGUAGAAAAGAUUCGCAGCGCAGUCCCGGACUUGAAAGAGAGCUUUGAAAUCGGCCGCGAUGAUGAGGCCGGCCACCCGAACAACUGGCCCGAGGAACAAGGCGCAGUUACGGGCUUCAAGGAAGACAUGAAGAGCUUCUUUCAGGAGUGCAAAGCUUUGCAUCUAGAGGUUAUGCGGGCUAUUGCUACGGGGAUGAGCUUUGAAGAAACCUUUUUUGACAGAUUUCUGGAUGUUGGCGAUAACACCCUACGGCUGCUGCAUUACCCAGAAGUCAGGUCUGAUGUUUUCAACACCCCGGGCCAAGUCCGUGCUGGGGAACACAGCGAUUAUGGAUCAAUCACGUUACUCUUCCAAGACAACCGCGGUGGCCUGCAGGUCAAGAGUCCAAACGGGAAUUUUAUCGACGCAACUCCCAUCGAAAACACCAUCGUUGUCAACGCCGGAGACUUACUGGCGAGAUGGAGCAACGAUACGAUCAAGAGCACCAUUCAUCGUGUAGUUGAGCCCCCACGAAAGGAAGGCAAGACGUAUCCUUCACGGUACAGCAUUGCAUAUUUUUGCAAUCCCAACUUCAAGGACCUCAUCGAAGUGCUGCCGGGAACAUAUGCAACGGAGAAAGAGAAGAAGUAUGAGAGCAUAAACAGCGGCGAUUAUCUUGUCCAGAGACUCACUGCAACAUAUUAACGGAAAAGGAUGGCAUGUGUGUUUGUGUGGGUGAGCAAGCGUGUUUGUUGAUUUGGCGAGAAAAGAGAAGAAAACGCCCGCUCUUCUCGCAUGGCAUGACUUGAACCCUGCAAUACCCGGGCUGGGAUUCGCCGCAGGCACCCACCAGGUCCGGGCAAGCCAAUGAUGGCGAAAACGUGUUCGCGUCCAGCCUCAGCUAAAGAGGGGUCGUGUCAUGUGCGAAGAGCUACGAGGAUGUUUUGGAUGUGGGGGUGGCUUUUUGAUGGCAAUCCUACAGGCUUAUUUAUUUGGUAUAUAAGCUUCUGCCUUUUGAGCUUUCAUCGUCCCGUCACCAUUUACCUAAUCCAAAAAAUGUCUUGAAAAAUGUUCAUUCCAUUGCCUUGG